CCAGCUGUCGAUCYUCUCCUGCAAAGCUGGCCAGCUCUUACUUCAUACURCAGGUCCCUUGGGGAGAUCUGUCCUGUGACACUGAAGAGUAUUUUUGAGUUUGAAGAAAAAACGGAAGCUGCUGAGAUUUCUCUGUGCUUUUUCCACAACGUGGGGGGUGUUUUGACCAACUCAUAAAAAGCUGGAGGAAACAACYCUCUGCAUCACAGAUGUUUACGAGGAAGUCCAAAAUUUAAAAAUGAAGAUGCUUCAGCGGAAACAGGACAGCUUUUUUGGAUACCAGACCAAGCAGCUGAUGGACAAACAAUUGUCAGUGCAAAGGUCCACACAGCAACAGGACUUUGAAGUUCUAUGACACUGUCAUUACAUACGUUGACAAGUGGUUUGAUUUCUCACCAGAAAAUGUAACGUUGAAACUGAAACCGAUCGACCUCUAUGAGGAGCUCUCCUUCACUGACCUGGAGCAGGUGGUGGUUGCCCUCAAAAUGACAGAGACAGUCAGUAUGGACCAACUCUAUGAAGAGUUUUGUGCUAGCCGGGAGGAAAUACAGAAAGKCAGACAGGAUACCACAAAAUCCACCAGUGAGAAGUGGGUGGCAGUUUUCCAAAACCUAGGGAAAGCCAACUUGAUCAACAUGUUCAGGAUUGUCUCAUUUGUCCUCAGUGUGCCAGGCUCAAUGCCUUUGUAGAGAGGAUUUUCUCCUUGAUGACCAUUAAAUGGUCAGACUCAAGAAACGGAUGCAGCACAGAGCUGAUCAAAAGUGAACUUCAAAUAUCUGUGAACUGUGACUUGUCAUGUAAGGACUUCUCUCUGGCAAUGCAAAAGGACAAAGAACUGCUUGAAACAGUCAAGAGCAGCAAAAAAUAUCCAUGUAAAAAGUAGACUUGAUCUACAAUGAGAAAAGAAGGCAGUUCAGCCUGGUAAAGAAUUCUCCUUAUGAGAUGGUGGAGAAGGUAGCUUUAGACAUCGWGAAGCUACUGGCCAAGAAACGCAAAGCACUUGAUAAGACCAAUGUCCCGCGAGCUCACUGCAAUAAAAUUAUCAUGCUGUUCACUGAUGGAGGAGAGYAUCGAGCUCAGGACAUCUUUGAGCAGUACAACUGGCCCAACAAAACGGUGCGGGUCUUUACAUUCUCUGUGGGGCAGCACAACUAUGAUGUCACACCCUUGCAAUGGAUAGCGUGUGCCAAUAAAGGUUUCUAUUUUGAGAUCCGCUCCAUCUGUGCCAUAAUCAUUAACACCCAGGAGUACCUGGAUGUGCUGGGCCGCCCCAUGGUCCUGGCAGGCAGCCGUGCCAAGCAGGUUCAGUGGACCAAUGUCUAUCAGGAUGCCUUGGUGAGGUCACCUAGCUCAGAAKAUUCAGCUAUARCUAAUCUAUAGCCUGAAUGCCAYUCUGUUUGUGCUAUCAUGCCAACUUCAUUGCAGUCAGUCGCUGUUUGGUAUGACAUUGAGUGACAAGGAGUUGGCAUGACAGCACAAACAGACUGGCACUCAUGCUAAUUCAUCUACAUUGGACUUAAAGGGCGACUGCAUGUCCUGCUUUGGCCAAAUUCUUGUCGUCAGGUUUGCUUGAUUAUGAGCUAGCUAGCUAAUGUUAGCUAGCAGGGAUAAAACCUUUCUUCAGGUUCAACGAUAGCUAUGCAAWUCUAUCUCUGACAUUACCAAUAAGCAAGAGGCUAUGUAUUUAGCUAGUUACACCACAGUAUCACAGCCUAGUAUCAUAGCGGCAUAACCUACAAUGACAUGUAGCUGUUUGACGGUUGACAGCCCAAGAAGAAACUAGUCGGAUGUAAUCCAUAUCCUGGCCAUCUGCCCAAGAUUUCUGGAAGCCCAUUUUCUCUAGAGCAGCUACUAACCACACGUCUUGUCUGGGGAUGAGGUUCCAGUGGGCGAGUUCGUUUUGCGCAGUGGUGGAAAAAGUAGGCUACCCAAUUUUUUAUACAUGAGUAAACGUAAAGAUACCUUGAUAGAAAAUGACUCAAGUAAAAGUGAAAGUCACCCAGCAAAAUACUACUUGAGUAAA